AUCGCGCCCUACACUUUCCCGAUGACAGUGCGGGCACGCCUGGCUUCUUUUAUAUGGAGCUGGAAAACGCUGCGGCAUCAAGCUCAUCUAGCAGCACUGCAGUGGCUACUAGUAGCAGUAGCAUUAGCUCGUCUAGUAGUAGCAAACCUUUUUUUAUGCCGCUAGUAGCGACCGAGGAUGUCGUUGUGGACGCACGGUUUGCGCCUGACGACUGGUAUCUCGCGUACGUUGUAGGAAAUCAGGUACUGACAACUUCUAGGAUUCUAAGUAGGACCCAUCAUUGUUGGAGCAAAGAUGAGUAUCUUCUACUUUUCGACGAGUUACAACAAGUCCAGCUAUAAUUAUAUAUCCAUUCAGGAGCAAGUGUUCGUGACUACACGGCAAGAUGUCGCCGACGGGAAGCCUGGGAUCCCCCUGACACAAAAAUGGAAUAAAGAGAGGCAUUAUGAGGUGUUGUCCUUCUUCUGGAGUCCCGCCGGCUUCAUUCCGCGCCGCGCGCAUGGCGCAGCACGUACUACAGGAGCUGAGAAAACUCAGCCAGCACAUCUAGUCCCUUCCCCGUAUGAACCACAAACGACGGAGCUUGACGCAAAUGCCGGAAUGGCCUUGCCUGCUCCUCGCCACCCACUGGAACUUGUUGUCGUGUCUACGUGUGGCAUCGAAAUUUUUCGGAUCAACAUCGUAAAACACACUGUCAAGUCGGCGCGUACCUACCAGACGCAAGCACGGAAAGUGUGGGUUGAGCCGAAGAAGGGACUCAUGGUGUGCUGCAUCGGGUCCCGCACACUGCAGCCUUUUGAUCUGAGACCCAGACGCACACCGCAGAAGCUUCCGAAAUUUGACCUCUACAUCGGAAAAAGCAAGAGCAUUGAGCACUUCGAUGUCAACG